AUUACAAUUUUUUUUUCAGAUUGUCGGUCAGCCCUUUCAGCGUGGACAACUAAUGUCGAUAGAGUCUACAUGCCUUUGUGCAAGAAGAUGAUGAGUGCCAGCAAUUCCCCUUAAUCUUCUGUUUGAUGUCAAGACGCACCGCCGCUGAUUAUGUUGCCGUGUUGAAGGCUAUCCGAGACAAAUUGGAAAGUGUGUCAGUUGUGGGGUUCAUGCUGGACUUUGAGCUCGCGGCAUGGAAUGCAGUACGAGAAGUGUUCGGUCAGGAUGUAGAUAUAAAGGGGUGUGUCUUCCACUGGUGUCAGGAGGUUUGGCGGCAGGUCCAAGCCAAUGGGCUAUCCACCACCUACAAUGCAAGGAAGAACACUCAAGUAUUUGCGUCAGCUGAUGGCACUUCCAUUUCUUCCAGUCAACCAUAUAGUGCCAACAUUCAGGGAACUGCAGGGACAAGCCACAAACCCUCAGAUUGUAGCGUUCUGUAUCUACCUGGAAAGUCAAUGGAUUGGGAAUCCCUCAUUCCCAGUGAGUUUGUGGUGUGUAUUCCGCCAGCCGGUACGGACGAAUAAUGAUGUAGAAGGCUGGCAUCAUCGUAUUGACAGGAAGGCAGGUGGAUGUUCUAUGUCCUUCUACAGGCUAGUUCCUCUGCUACGUAGGGAAGCGGACACCGUUGGUCAGACACUACAGCUAGACGGGAGAUCUGAACAGGGCAAGAUCAGCACGUACAACCAGGAUGGAACGAACCCUUCAAGACCUCUGGGAAAGGUACCAAGAAUCAGAGCUUACUACAACAGCUUUUUUGAAAGCGUGUUCAUCAUUGUACGGACCGUCGUAGAGUGUUUUGAUGAAAUGACGAGGAUGUAGUUUGUGGUGCUGUUGGUGGUGCUGUCGAUGACGGCUGUCUUGUUAUGUAAAAAAUGUAUGUUUUGUUAUGUAAACAAUAUAUGUUUUGUUAUGUAAAAAAAUAGAUGUUUUGUGUUUUUUGUCUUCGAUCUUUGUAUCAUAUUUGUCUAAAAUAUUUGAUUUUUGUUUUUGUUUUGUUUUAAUCAUAUUUGUCUGUACAGUUAGUCAUUAAAUGUUUAAUAUCAUAGUAGAAGUAUUAUACAUAUCUUGUUGUUGAUGAUGAUUGUCAUGUUGAGGUUACUAUUUUGUAUUUUUGUGUAAAUA